AUGCCGUCGGCGGCUUGCGGUUCGCAAUUGUGUGGCGGCAGAUCUCACCGCUACGCAAGUUUGGAUCCGCCGGCCCUCACAUGGCGUCAUAGAUGUCAUAGAUGGCACCGGUUUGUGGUUUUCGUUCCUGUGGCAGCAGCAGUCACCAUAUUCUCGCUCCACGUGCUGCCGCCGCUGGGCAAUGGUGGCGCCGAUGCACCGCGCGCCAACACCGAAGCAGCGGCUGGCGAGACCAGAUUUUCAGCAGUAGUAGUAGACGGCGUGAAAGUAAAGGUGUGCAAUUCCUACGACGAGGGCACCGGCAUGGGCAUCCUCGAGAGCCUCGAGAGGCGGCCCAACAAAUCUGACGGGUUCGCGGAGCCGUAUCGGGCGACGACGCUGCAGAUUGAAGCCUGGCCAGGAACGUUGCCGGCCGUGGAGAGCGAGGAGUUCAGGUGGGAAAUAAACGGUGAAUUUGUCGGCGUCGGAGUUACCAUCGAGACAUUUUUCGAAACCGUCGGGAUCCACCAGUGUACCGUGACGUCGUACCCCGACGGUGGCCGACACGAGUUCGAGGUGACGGUCAAGUACGUCCGGCGGGAGAUUCGGGACCUGACGGACCGGGACCGGGAGGCGUUCUUCAACGCGGUGUCGGUGCUGCAGCGUGUGCCAAGCGUCGUAGGGCGCGAGAUCUACGGGGACAAGUACUACAGCAUGGACUACUUCACCCGGAUGCACUUGUACGGCGGGGGCGACAAGAUCUGCGACCACUGGCACGAGGGGACUGGGUUCAUGAACGCCCACAUGGGGUUUACGCUCAUGUUCGAGCAAGCCCUCCAGUCCGUGAACCCCUCCAUUGCCGUCCCCUACUGGGACUUCACCAUCGAGGGCACUCCGGAUGGCGACUCGCCAACCUUCAGGAGCAGCUCGGUAUUUUCGGACGACUGGUUUGGCACAACGACCCCUGAGAACGGGGCUCGCGUACCCGACAGGGGACGAUUCGGCUUCGUCCCGGUGAUGACCAACGCUUCUGAGUACUCGAGAAUCACCAACGCUUACGGUAUGCUCCGAUCGGUGUGGAACAGCGACUCGACGCCCUUCAUGACACGGUACGACGGCCUGUUCGAGUAUUACAACAACCGCAAGCCGGCCGGGUGCAGGCAGUACAGGGACGCGCUUGAUCACGAUGACUGGAUGUCCUUGUCGGCGGCCCUGGGGACCAGCGCCCACGGCCACAUCCACGAGAUCGUGGGGGGGGCGUGGUCCAUGGAGGCCGGCGUAGUCGCCAGGAGGACCACGGACCUCGUCCUCCCUUUCCUGCACGUGGUUCAGAUAUACACCAAGAAGUUGUGGAGAGCGGACUACUUGGUCUGCCCGGAGUCAUGUUCCAACAACGCCCCCUGGAUGGAGUGCCAGUGCUCCUGCGACGCCACCGCAAUGGCCGGGAAAAGCCCGCUCGAGGUGCUGAAAGAUGCGGGGCUGCUGUCCGGAUCGUCGUUUUUCUACGACAAACACCUCAAGCUGAUCGAAAAUCUUGAUGCAGCUACACAAGAGGGUACCCUCGCGGGCUACACGGCAGAAGAGUCCGAGGACAUCUUCCACGAAGCACUUCGCGUCAUGUGCACCCCUUCCGUGGUCGGAACAUUCUACGAGGCGACCAGCACCAUAGACCCCAUUUUCUGGGUCAUUCACCCCACCAUUGAGAGGCUUUGGCAACUUCGCAGGCUGCAGGACGACACCUUCGACGACACCUGGGUGCCUUCCGAGUCCGUCUGCUUCGGACACAACCCGGGCGACACCCUGCCGUUUCACGACAUGUUUGCAUCAUCCAGGGACGCCUCUUCUUCGGUCUUGGAGGCGUCGUCCCUUGCGGGGGUCGGAGGCACGGCGAGGCAAGGAGGGGUUGGCAGCGGCCAGCAAGAGACAGGGAUUGGUUUGAGAGGGGGGAGGGUUACUGGAGGGAUGGCGUUAUCCCCGAAGAAGUACUACACCAACGCGGAACUGUACCACCUGCUGGACCCCAAUGGGGACGAGGUGCCCUACGUCUACGACAACUUCGAAUGGCCUCAUUGUGAUCUGGCUGCAACAAGACUUGUUCUUGGGAACGUGUCACUGUUGAGGCCCGAGGGAGCAAGCAGGGGGCACACGCGCCAGGAAGAGUCGUCGAGGCAGCGACGGUAUCAUGGUGGGUCGUCCCCUGCUUCUGCUGGCCGGAUGAUGGACGCGUACCACGAAGGAGUAUGA